AUGGAUCCGAACCCCAAAAAUUUCCCAAUUCUCUCCUACGUCAUGAACAGGCUGCCCACCAUGAAACGAUCUAACAUGCAGGAGGGAGACAUCGAACAACCGCCGUCGAUGCCUCAUUUUACUUCCAAAUUGACAGAUCGUUCGUCCUUCAAUCCGCCACCAUAUUUCGAACUCACUGAACGGAUGCCUCACCUAACAGAUCCUCGGCUCCUGACUUCCAUGCGUGCAGCCGUGGCCGAUGUUUCUCAGACACGAUCGCUACUCAAGACCCUUGGUGAGCGUCCUGAUCAUGAAGCUGUGGACAUGGCGAAGGCCAGGCUUGCAGAGAUUGAUUCGACGUUGUCGAACGACCUCGACGAGAUCACUUUAUCAGAUAAGGUCGACCCGGAGGAGGACAAACGGAAGAAGGCAAUCGAGAGGGAGAGACAGAUGCACAAAACUCUGAUCUCGCUGGAUCAAAUGCAUGAAUCGUAUGAUAAAAUGUUGAGCGAGGCGGAGAAGAGACUUGAGAAAAUUUAUGAGUCGGUUAAGGAGGGAAACAACCCGCUUCCGGGUGGUGAUGAAGGGAGCUCCGCCGUCGCCGAGGAGUUGACGGAGGAAGUGGUUGCAAUUCUGACAGAUGCAUUGUCCAACGGUGCUCAAAGGAUUGAUUUAUCAGAGAGACGAUUGCCGUUUCUGCCUGAAGCCUUUGGAAAGAUUCAUACAUUGGUUCACCUUAACCUAUCCUCCAAUCAGCUUGAGGUGAUUCCCGAUUCCGUUGCUGGACUUGAGAACCUUGAGGAGCUUAAUGUUUCUUCCAAUAUUUUGACGUCUCUACCAGAUUCCAUCGGCUGUUUGCACAAGUUGAAGAUCCUUGAUGUCUCUAGCAACAAACUUGAUUCCUUACCAGAUAGCAUUUGUCACUGCAGGUCACUGGAAGAAUUUGAUGGCAGUUUCAACAAGCUAACAUAUCUACCCACAAAGAUGGGGUAUGAACUCUUAAAGCUAAAGAAGCUCGCAAUCGCUCUUAACAAGGUACGAAACUUCCCUACCUCUAUCGGCGACAUGAAAUCUCUUCGGUACCUCGACGCCCACUUCAACGAGCUCCGAGGCCUCCCAGAUUCCAUCGGAAAGUUAUCAAAUCUGGAGGUACUUAACCUAGGAAGCAAUUUCAGCGACCUACAAGAACUCCCGGACACAAUCGGCGAUCUAACCAGUCUGAGAGAACUCGACGUCAGCAACAAUCAACUCCAGGAGCUUCCGUUGACCUUCGGCCGCCUUGACAAGCUGAUCAAACUCAACGUCGAACAGAAUCCGCUGGUGGUUCCUCCGAAAGAAGUCGUGCAGAAGGGGAUCCAAGCUGUGAAGGUGUACAUGGCUCAGAGGUGGUUCGAUGUGUUGGUGGAGGAGGAGGAGAAGAAUCGACGGGAAGCGGAGGCGUUGGCUCAGGCGAGUUGGUUGUCUCGUAGUAAGUCGUAUUUGACAGGUGCCGUCGUUGGUGCUGCUGGGACGGUUUCUUUGUAUCUGGGAGCCGGAGAUAGCGAAGAUCCUUAUCUUGAAGAGGCACGAUGAUGAGUGUCGUUUAUUUGCUAAUCAAAUAAUCCAGGUUUGGUUCUUAUUUUGGGUCAAAAUUAAUACGUGGAUAAAGUUUUUUUGAAGGCGAGAAAAUAAACUACAAAUAAUGGGUUCAUGUAGCCUCGUUUUGGGCUUGUUUUGUUGGGUUAGCAGAAUAAUUGGAUUGGCAUGUAAUGUGCUGAACUUGAUUCCAUCACAAUAAGUUCUUUCAAUUUUAUUUUUGUUAAUGAAUUAUUUUAA